AGUCACAUAUCUACUGAACCGGAACAGGCGCAUGGCUUUGAGAAGCGACCGUUUUCUUGUAAUGUGUGUGAAAAACGAUUCAACAAUCAACAAAGCGUCAAAAGUCAUAUGCUGACGAUUCAUGAAGGAGGAAAACCUUUCGUUUGCGAAGAAUGUGGAACACGAUGGAGCACGAAAAGUGCACUUAGGGGGCAUCAAGUAGUUCAUAGUGACGAGUACCCGUAUCAUUGUUCGUACUGCUCAAAGCGCUUCAAAACUUUGCGUAGACUGCAGAUUCACGAAGAUACGCAUAACAACACAAUGUACGUUUGCCCUCAUUGUGGGCUUAAGUUAAACACAAGGCGCACUCUACAAAUGCACAUGGUAGUACACUCUGAAGAGCGGAAAUAUAAAUGCCAACAUUGCGGAAAGGAGUACAAACGCUCAAAAGCUCUGAAGACUCAUUUGAUAUUACACACUGGGCUGAAGCCUUAUGCUUGUCCGUUUUGCGAUAAAACGUUUGCGCACGGUUCGAACUGCCGUAGUCACAAGAAAAAGUCUCAUCCGCUCGAACUGGCAGCCCUGGAGGCAGCUGGAGGACAGCAACCGACCGCAAACAUUCCCAAGUUGGAACAACUGCAACCAAAGUUUAGCGAACUCUCAGGCUCAGCCACCGUUACAAGCAUACCAGAAAUUGUACAUCACGUUGCCGAUCCAACAGAGUCCGUCGUCGAUAAAACUGAAAAGCCACGUGUUAUUGUAGUGGAUACAGCUAGUCUUAGUGAAGAUCGAGCAAGCAAUAUCAAAGUCAAGAAAGACAAGCUUACUGAAGUAUACGCUAGUCCUAUCAGAGUAAAAAAUAGUAAUCUUAAGACGGCCGUAGAUGGUAUCGCUGAAGCAACAUAAUGAUUGCGAAUCCUUUGCUCAAAG